AUGGCGGACAACAAGAAGGGCAGCCUUACCGACCACCUCGAAGACAGCUUCUCCCAUGACCAGUCCACCGCAGUGAUCAGCUAUGACAACAAUGGCAUCAGUGGCAUCAUACGGUUGCCUUAUGUAUUUGGUGCCGCCCUCUUGGCCUCCUUCGGUGGCUUCUCCUUCGGCUACGAUCAGGGCGUUGUCUCUCUUAUCCUUACUUUACCACAAUUUCGCCAACAAUUCCCUGAGAUAGCUCCUGAUCACCCUCGUUAUGGCUUCAACACGGGGUUCAUGACCGGCAUGCUGGAAUUUGGCGCCUUUAUCGGCUGCAUAUUCUUUCCCCUUCUUGCCGACAGGUAUUCCAGAAAAUAUGGCCUCGCCAUAGCGACAGUUUUCUUUUGCGUUGGUGCCAUUAUUCAGACGGCUUCACACAACUACAGCACCCUCGUCGCUGGGCGCACCAUUGGCGGGGUCGGCGUAGGAACUCUUGCUAUGGGUGCCCCAUUGUACAUUUCCGAGAUUGCUCCCCCUAAUCUCAGGGGCUCUCUCCUUGUUCUCGAGGCAAUAUCCAUCGUCGUUGGGGCCAUCAUUUCUUACUGGAUCACGUACGGCAACCGCGAAAUUGCAGGCGACUGGUCUUUCAGGUUGCCCUUCCUUUUGCAGAUGGCCCCUGCCCUAAUGGUCGGCAUCGGUAUCCAGCUCUUCCCUUUCUCUCCAAGAUGGCUGGCCAUGCGUCACCGCGACGAGGACAGCCUCCGGUCUCUCGAGACACUCCGGCGCCUUCCUAGAACCGAUGAGCGCGUCCAACAGGAGUGGAAGGGCAUCCUACGUGAAGUCGAGCUUCAAGAGCUCGUGCUACAGCGGGAACACGGCGCGAACACCAACGUUGUCAUGCUUGAGUUCAGACAAUGGGGUGAUCUCUUCAAGCCCAAGUGCCUACGACGCACAGCUGUUGCACUUGCUAUUCCUUUCUUCCAACAGUUCUCAGGCAUCAACGCCUUUGUGUACUACGCACCUAUCUUCUUCGCCGCUCUUGGACAGAGCUACGAAAUGUCUCUCAUUCUGAGCGGCAUGGUCAACAUUUGUCAAUUUAUCGCCGGAAUCCCGACCUUUCUAUUUUUGGACAAAAUGGGACGCCGGAAGCUUGCCAUUUUUGGGGGUAUCGCCAUGGGCAUCCCGCAUAUUAUUAUGGCCGGUAUUGUUAGUAAAUACAACGACAGAUGGGAAAGUAACCCGGGUAUUGGUUGGUUCGGCGUAGCACUCAUCUACAUCUACGUGCUUGCAUAUGCAGCUUCUUAUGGACCUUUGGCAUGGACUCUUCCGGCCGAGAUCUUUCCAAGUUCUAAGCGCGCGAAGGGCGUCGGAGCUGCAACGGCCAUGGUCUGGCUGGCAAAUUUCAUUAUCGGCGUGAUUGUACCUGAGAUGCAGAUCAAGCUUGGCUGGGGCACUUACCUUUUCUUUGGUUGCUUUUGCUUUGCCGCCUCCGUGUUCUCGUUCUUUUUCGUUCCGGAGACGGCGGGCAAGAGUCUGGAGCAGAUUGCAGGCGUAUUUGGGGACGACCUUGGCGAUGAAGAACGCGAGCUGGACACACGAGCCGGCGAGAUGAGAACGCACUGA